AUGGGUGCUGGCUGCUGCUCAAACGACAAGGACGGCUCUCGCGCCCUUGCUGCCGUAAAAGACGACGACGCAGUCCCUGGGGCUCCCGCCGCCGACGAUGUGUGUCCCGAUGACGAUACCUGCUGUAAAGACGAUGAUUGCGCCGACGAUUUCGACUCUUUGCUCUCCCUCGAUCUUCGUUGCUGCACCACAAACGAAGAGGCUUGUGAUGAGAAAUGCAUCCUAGCUGUCGCUGCUCUCGAGUGCGAGAAGAGCUGCGACGACGAUUUGGCUCACCAUGCAUGCCCACGACGGCGACGGCAGGCACCCGCAUCCGCUUGCGCCGACCAUCUGACCAAGGCCUUUGAAACCUAUGCUGCCUACCUCGAGACCGCCCGUUGCAUCUGCCGAAACAUUCUCGACCGCGGCUUCACUUCGACUUGCUGCGAUACCCACAAGAAGAAGGACGCCGCCGCCGCCGCCGUUGCCGCCGCGGUUGCCGGCCCAGGCCAGGAAAAGUCGGCAGCUGCUUACGCGAGCGGCCGCUCCACCUCCCACGGCCUGUUGAGCCGGCGAUCGCGUCACCAUCACCACCCCAAGUCUAGUGGCGUUAGGAGCCGUCGGGCUCACGCCCGGAUCGCAGAUUCGGAAGACCUCGACUACCGCGACCUAGAAAAGGCCGCCGGCCUCGAGCACGUCUCCGUCGCCGUCGACGGCAUGACGUGCUCCGGCUGCGCCAACAAGGUCGAGCGCGCCCUCGGAAACAUGCCCGCCGUGUCCCGCGCCCGCGUCAACUUCGUCAUGGGCCACGCCGAGUUCGCCGUCGACCCCGCGUCGCCAGCGUCGCCCACGUCGUCCGCGACCUCGAAAGAGCACCGGGUUCAGCUGCGUGCGGCGGGCCAGCGGCGAGCAGACCAUCGACGUCCUCUCCUCCGGCGCGCCCGCCAAGGCCCUCGCCGGCCUCGAUAUCCCCGGCGUGGCCCAAAUCGCCAUCGUCAACAAAAAGUCGUCCAAAUCACCUACGACCCCGCCGUGAUCGGGGCCCGCACCCUCCUCGCCAAGAUCCACGCCUUGUCGGACGGCCUCGCGCCGCCCGCCGCCGACCCCACGCUGUCCUCGGGCAAAAAGAGGCUCUACGACGCCCUCGUCAAAACCGUCGCCGCCGCCCUCCUCACCAUCCCCGUCGUCGUGCUCGCGUGGAGCGAAACUCCUGUCUCCGAAAAGACCAAGGCCAUCGUCUCCCUCGUCCUCGCCACCCUCGUCCAGCUCAUCGCCGUGCCCGUCUUCUACCGCCCCGCCCUCACCAUCCUGUUCCGCGAGCGCACCCUGGAAAUGGACAUGCUCGUCACCAUCAGCAUCACCGCCGCCUACGUCUACUCCCUCGUCGCCUUCGCCUUCCGCAUGGCCGACCGCCCCCUCGAGACCGCCGAGUUCUUCGAGACCAGCACCCUGCUCGUCACCCUCGUCCUCCUCGGCCGCCUCCUCUCCGCCGUCGCCCGCGUGCGCGCCGUCGCCGCCGUGUCCCUGCGCUCCCUCCAGGCUGCCACCGCCCUCCUCGUCGAAAACGGCGAGGAGACCGAGGUCGACGCCCGCCUCCUCCACUUUGGCGACCGCUUCCUCGUGCAGCCCCACUCCCGCAUCCCCACCGACGGCCGCAUCGUCCACGGCGUCGGCGAGGUGGACGAGUCCAUGCUCACCGGGAGAGCCUCCCCGUCGCCAAGAAGCCCGGCGACGACCUCAUCGCCGGCACCGUCAACGGGUCCACCCCCUCCACGCCCACGUCACCCGCCUCCCCGGCCGCAACACCGUCACCGACAUUGCCCAGCUCGUCGAGGAGGCCGCGGGCUCAAGCCCAAGAUCCAAGACCUCGCCGACCGCGUCGCCGGCUGGUUCGUCCCCGCCGUCGCCAUCGUCGCCCUCGCCGUCACCGUCAUCUGGAUCGUCGUCGGCCUCAAGGUCCGCAACCAACCCGCCUCCAAAGCCGUCUCCGACGCCGUCACCUACGCCAUCGCCGUCCUCGCCGUGUCCUGUCCUUGCGCGCUCGGCCUCGCCGUGCCCAUGGUUCUCGUCGUCGCCGGCGGCAUCGCCGCCCGGGGCGGUGUCAUCAUCAAAUCCGCCGAAUGCACCGCCACCGCCCGCCGCAUCACCGACGUCGUCUUCGACAAGACCGGUACCCUGACCGACGGCAAGCUCGAGGCCCUCGUCGCCGGGAAUAAUCACCCCGUCUCGCUCGCCAUCGCCAAGCACCUCGAGAAGAACCCCGCCCCCGCCGCCACCCUAACCACCUCACCCCGCUCUGUCCCCGGCGCCGGCGUCGAAGCCACCGACGCCCAAGGUUCCACGGUCCGCGCCGGUAACCCGCGGUGGACCGGAAACGACGCAGCGCCCGCCGUCGUCUCCCACUCCACCGCAGGCAUGACCCUACUCCUAGUCACCCGGGAUUCCGUCCCCAUCGCCCUCUUCGCCCUCCGAACCUCUCUCCGUCCCGAGGCCGCCUCCGUCGUUGCCGCCCUCCAAGCCCGCAACAUCUCCGUCCACCUUGUCUCGGGCGAUCAGACCGAGGCCGUCCACGCCACCGCCUCCUCCGUCGGCAUCCCCCUCGCCAACGCCGCUGCCCAGCGCUCACCGGCCCAGAAGCGCGACUAUGUCGCUGCGCUCAUGGCCGAACCCGGCCGCUCCGUUCUCUUUUGCGGCGACGGCACCAACGACGCCGUCGCCGUCGCCCAGGCAAACAUUGGCGUCCAGCUCAGCGGCGGCCAGGGCGAGGCCAUCUCCGCCAGCGACGUCACCCGCGGCGCCGCUGACGUUGUCCUCCUCUCCGGCCUCCACGGCGUCACGUUCCUGCUGGAUGUCAGCGCCGCCGCCUUUCGGAGAAUCGCUUUCAACUUUAUCUGGUCCGCCAAUCCCCCAGCCUACGCGGGCCUUGGUGAAAUCGUUAGCGUGUUACCCGUCAUCUUCGCUGCCAUGACCAUGCUAGCACUGAAGCACCGCAUCUAA